AGCGCGGCCUGGGCUCGCGCAGGGCUCCGCGCGCCCCCCCGCCCCCCUCUAUGAGGCAGAGGCCGCGGCGGCCGUUAGUGCUGUCGCUCCGGGGGCCGCGGCGGGCGGGGCUCCGGCGGGGCCCGGCCUAGUCCCCACCCCAGCCCGGCUCCCAGCCGCCCGCCCUCCCUCCCUCUCCCCAAUGCAGGGGGCCGAGCUCCGGGAAGGCGAGGCGGCGGCGGCGGCCGCUUCGUACCGCGUCCUGAGCCGCCUCCUCGGCUAUGGAGAGGCGGCCCCCGAGCCAGGCCCGCCGCCGCCGCCCCCGGGCCAUGGCCUCCCGCCGCCACCCUUCCUCGCGCGGCCCGGCCCGCGCGGCUCCCGGCCGCCGCAGCUGAUGGUGUUCCGCAACGUGGGUCGGCCGCCGGAGGAGGAGGACGUGGAGGCGGCCCCGGAGCCGGGACCCUCGGAACUACUGUGUCCCCGGCACCGCUGUGCCCUGGACCCCAAGGCCCUGCCGCCGGGCUUGGCGCUCGAGCGGACCUGGGGCCCGGCGGCUGGACUAGAGGCGCAGUUGGCGGCUCUGGGGCUCGGGCAGCCGGCAGGGCCCGGGGUCAAGACGGUCGGUGGGGGUUGCUGCCCGUGCCCGUGCCCCUCUCAGCCGCCCCCUCCGCAGCCCCAGCCGCCUGCUGCCGCCCCGCAGGCCGGGGAGGAUCCCACGGAAACGAGCGACGCGCUGCUGGUCCUGGAGGGCUUGGAAUCGGAGGCCGAGAGCCUGGAGACUAACAGCUGCUCGGAAGAGGAGCUCAGCAGCCCGGGUCGCGGAGGAGGAGGGGGCGGCCGGCUUCUGCUGCAGCCCCCAGGCCCUGAAUUACCUCCGGUGCCCUUCCCGCUGCAGGACUUGGUCCCCCUGGGGCGCCUGAGUAGAGGGGAGCAGCAGCAGCAGCAGCAGCAGCAGCAGCAGCAGCAGCAACCUCCCCCGCCCCCGCCCCCUCCCGGCCCCCUCCGGCCUCUCGCGGGCCCUUCUCGGAAGGGCUCCUUCAAAAUCCGCCUCAGUCGUCUCUUUCGCACCAAGAGCUGCAACGGUGGCUCCGGUGGUGGGGAUGGGACCAGCAAGAGGCCUUCUGGAGAGCUGGCUGCUUCAGCUGCAAGCCUCACAGACAUGGGAGGUUCUGCGGGCCGGGAGCUGGACGCGAGGAGGAAACCCAGGUUGACAAGAACUCAAAGUGCCUUUUCUCCGGUCUCCUUCAGCCCCCUGUUCACAGGUGAGACUGUGUCGCUUGUGGAUGUGGACAUUUCUCAGCGGGGCCUGACCUCUCCACACCCUCCAACUCCCCCUCCUCCUCCGAGAAGAAGCCUCAGCCUCCUAGAUGAUAUCAGUGGGACGCUGCCUACAUCUGUCCUUGUGGCUCCGAUGGGGUCUUCCUUGCAGUCUUUCCCCCUACCUCCGCCUCCUCCACCCCAUGCCCCAGAUGCAUUUCCCCGGAUUGCCCCCAUCCGAGCAGCCGAAUCCCUGCACAGCCAACCCCCGCAGCACCUCCAAUGUCCCCUCUACCGACCUGACUCUAGCAGCUUUGCAGCCAGCCUUCGAGAGUUGGAGAAGUGUGGUUGGUAUUGGGGGCCAAUGAAUUGGGAAGAUGCAGAGAUGAAGCUGAAAGGGAAACCAGAUGGUUCUUUCCUGGUACGAGACAGUUCUGAUCCUCGUUACAUCCUGAGCCUCAGUUUCCGAUCACAGGGUAUCACCCACCACACUAGAAUGGAGCACUACAGAGGAACCUUCAGCCUAUGGUGUCAUCCCAAAUUUGAGGAUCGCUGUCAAUCUGUUGUAGAGUUUAUUAAGAGAGCCAUUAUGCACUCCAAGAAUGGGAAGUUUCUCUAUUUCUUAAGAUCCAGGGUUCCAGGACUGCCACCAACUCCCGUCCAGCUGCUCUAUCCAGUGUCCCGAUUCAGCAAUGUCAAAUCCCUCCAGCACCUUUGCAGAUUCCGGAUACGACAGCUCGUCAGGAUAGAUCACAUCCCAGAUCUCCCACUGCCUAAACCUCUGAUUUCUUAUAUCCGAAAGUUCUACUACUAUGAUCCUCAGGAAGAGGUAUACCUGUCUCUAAAGGAAGCGCAGCUCAUUUCCAAACAGAAGCAAGAGGUGGAACCCUCCACGUAGCGAGGGGCUCCCUGCUGGGCGCCACCAAGGGCAUUUGGUUGCCAAGCUCCAGUUUUGAAGAACCAAAUGAAGCUACCAUGAAAAGAAGAGGAAAAGUGAGUGAACAGGAAAGUUGGUAUUCUCUGCAGAGACUUUGGUUCCCCAUGCAGCCCUGGGGCUUGGAAGAAGCUCAUGAUGGUACUCUGCGUGGGCUCCACCUCACACCCACCCCUGGGCAUCUUAGGACUGGAGGGGCUCCUUAGAAAACUGGAAGAAGUCUCAACACUGUUUUUUUUCAGAAGUUUUGUUUUUGGUAUUUGUAUUUACUUGGUAUGGAAAACUCACCUUGAAGGCAGCCGGGGUUUGUGCCCAUUGGAUUGGAAGUGGUGCAGAGGGUGAGCAGGUCCAAAGAAGAGGUGGGAGUUGGGGACAGGGGACGGCCAUUCAGCUGGUGCCAAAGGCAGAAUUUGAAUCUUUGCUGUGGGCCUGGAAGAUGGGAGGGGCCUGAGGUUUGCAACAGGACUGGGAGUUCCUGAGGGAGGGGAAAUCUGCUUCUUGUUGCCAUGGGCAGCUGUGGUAGGAGCAGGAGAGAAAGGAGGGUGGGUGGUCUCAAAAAGAAGAUCAUUGGGCAAAACCUGGCAAAUGGCCUUAGCUAGGGGAAGUAGUGACUCCUGCAUCCUUUUUUAAGGUUUAGGAACCUGAGUUCAGAAACACCGCACAUGGAAGCUUUAUUAGUUGUGAUUUACUUAAUUCCUUAAGUUCCAUGACCUGAAGUUAACCCCUUUCUUCCUGUGCCCUCAACCCAUUCUCCCUUGAGAUAACCGUACAUGUUAGUCUGGUCAUGGUAACGGCAUCCCUAUUGCUUCUGCCAGCUGUCAAGGCAAUCGUGUUUCUCAUCACCUGGGCAGUUCAGAGCCAAAUUGAAUGGAGCAUGCUUCCAGGUUCUUCAUGGCAAACUGUACUCACGACUUAGGAGUCAGCGUUACUUCCAUGUGUCUGUCAGCUUGUGAGGGGGAAUGUGGAGGAAGGUGAGAAAUGCAGCUGCCACAGUAUGCUGUCCUAGAGGAAGCAUUCAGAACGCAGCCCUGAUGGGAUUUCCUUAGAUCAGAGGAGAGCAUCGCAUCUCACGUUUUUAGGUUUAUCACUGUUGUCCCACUUCUGGGAUGGGAGGUGGCAAGGGCUUCUUUAUUUUUCUGUGUUCAUUCUAGAAACCUAGACAUUUCCAGAUCUGAUCCUACUGGUCUCCACUCACUGGAAAGUCUGUCAGGUGCCAACUUGAGAACUACCAGCCUUCCAGCUCUCAGGAUGAGCAGUGAGAAAAACUCCAGUGGCCUUUAAUUGUUUCUGCAGCUGGCCAUGGCCAAUUCAUAUGACAUUGUGAGUUUGCUUUCUUGUAGAGCUGCUCUGGGGAGAGGUUUGCUGUUGAGAUGUGACAGUAGAGCUGUUGGGUCUUUAUGACUCCUUUGCGCGUGUUCUGUGAGAAUCUUUUCUGGGUUUCCCAUGCUUAUAGCUGCGUCAUCUCACAAGAUAGAUAACAAUGUCAGGUUUGUGGCUUCCUGAUGGUUUGGCCGGGGCCCCAGUGUCUUGUUAAUUUAUAGUACCGCCUCAUCUGGGAGCACUGCCCUCCUUAGUCCUGCAUGGAGUGACAAGUCUUCCUCCUUGUAGCUGAACAGGGAGGAAACUGGCAUCAUUACCUGACUUUGGAGGGGUGGCCCAGAAGAUGAGUUUGUCAGCAUAAACGCAGCCCACCUCUGAUUCGUCAUGUGGUACCUCUUUCCUUGGCUUCCAUGGUAGUAAUAACAACUAAGCAAGAUUAUGAUUCCAGUAGUUGGCUUAGCAUGUGAGUGUUGCCUCGUGAGAGUACAAGUAAUAUUACUCGCCAUCUUGCAGGAAGUGCCACCCCAAUAUAGAGCCUGAAGUCUGGAAUCCAUUGAGAUCCUUGGGUGGCUGGUACACAGCCUGGGGUCUUUUUUUGCUCCUUUUCAACCACCCAUAGUUUUAAGAUUACUUUUUAGUGUGUGUGUGCCUGGCUGUGGGCUAGAUACUGUAGAAAACAAAAAAGGUAAAAGACAUAAUCUGCGGCCUAAGGGAACUUUGAGGUGACUGUGGCACAUCAAGCAGAAAAUCAAGGACUGUCUAAAGAUGCUUACAGUAGGUAAGAUCAGGAUAGACCAGAUGGUCUGGGAAAGUUCUGUGCCUCUGAGGCUUUGGGUUGUAGUCAAAGGCAGGAAAGUAAGAUGAGAAAAACAUGAACAAGAGCAAGGAAGCAGAAAUCUGCAUUGCGUAUACUGAACAAUGCAUAGCCCUGUUAGAGGAACAUUGCUAAAGAAUCCUUUGCAGUGCAGUUGUCUAGAUGGAAGGUCCACAGCCACCAGGCAGGCCUGAAUGCCAAGGGGUUAGGAUGGUGAGGUGGAGCCUGAAG